GUGGACCGCCAGCUCAGGAGGACAGACCUGGCCCGCUUCUUCGCCAGGGUCCCGGAGGCCGAGGUCAAGGAGAUGAGCUCCGCCCUGUCGUCGCUCCGCAAGGUGACCAAGCGUCACGAGGAUGCAGAGUUCGAGGACGGGGCGGCCGAGAGGGACUACGCGGACCGCCAGAGGCAGCUGCUGGUGCUGAGGGGCCUCCGCGACCUGCUGGAGAGCACCCUCGGCACCGCGAAGAGGUGCAUGCAGGCCACCUCCACCCGCCUGGACCCGUACGAGCGGCCCGGACUGAUGGCGGCGUGA